AUGACUACCCCAGCGCUGCUGCCCCUAUCUGGACGUAGGAUACCACCUUUGAACCUGGGGCCACCCUCCUUCCCACAUCACAGGGCUACCUUGAGACUUUCUGAGAAGUUUAUCCUUCUCCUUAUUCUUGGUGCCUUCAUCACCCUGUGUUUUGGGGCAUUCUUCUUCCUCCCAGACUCUUCAAAACAAAAACGCUUUGAUCUGGGUUUGGAAGAUGUGUUAAUUCCUCACGUAGACGCCGGCAAAAUGUCUAAAAUCCCUGGAGUCUUCCUGAUCCACGGACCCGAUGACCAUAGACACAGGGAAGAAGAAGAACGUCUGCGAAAUAAGAUUCGAGCUGAUCAUGAGAAGGCCCUGGAAGAAGCAAAAGAAAAAUUAAAAAAGUCAAGAGAGGAAAUCCGAGCAGAAAUUCAGACAGAGAAAAAUAAGAUAGUCCAAGAAAUGAAGGUGAAAGAGAACAAACCACUGCCACCAGUCCCUAUACCAAACUUUGUAGGAAUAAAUAGUGGAGACCCAGAAGAUAAAGACAUGAGAGAGAAAAGGGAAAAAAUUAAAGAGAUGAUGAAACAUGCCUGGGAUAAUUAUAGGGUAUAUGGAUGGGGGCAUAAUGAACUCAGACCUAUUGCAAGGAAAGGACACUCCACUAACAUAUUUGGAAGUUCACAAUUGGGUGCUACUAUAGUAGAUGCUUUGGAUACCCUUUAUAUCAUGGGACUUCAUGAUGAAUUCCAAGAUGGGCAAAAAUGGAUUGAAGAAAGCCUUGAUUUCAGUGUGAAUUCAGAAGUGUCUGUGUUUGAAGUCAACAUUAGAUUUAUUGGAGGUCUGCUUGCCGCGUAUUACCUUUCAGGAGAGCAGGUAUUCAAGAUCAAAGCAGUGCAAUUGGCUGAGAAACUUCUUCCUGCCUUUAAUACACCUACUGGGAUUCCCUGGGCAAUGGUAAAUCUGAAAAGUGGAGUAGGACGAAACUGGGGCUGGGCAUCUGCAGGCAGCAGUAUUCUUGCUGAAUUUGGUACCCUGCACAUGGAGUUUGUCCACCUCAGCUACUUGACAGGGGACCCAGUUUACUACAAAAAGGUAAUGCACAUUCGGAAACUACUUCAGAAAAUGGAUCGUCCAUAUGGUCUUUAUCCAAAUUAUUUGAAUCCCAGAACAGGGCGCUGGGGUCAGUACCAUACAUCAGUUGGUGGACUUGGAGACAGCUUUUAUGAAUACUUACUAAAAGCAUGGUUGAUGUCAGAUAAAACAGACCAUGAGGCAAGAAAGAUGUAUGAUGAUGCUAUUGAGGCUAUAGAAAAACAUCUUAUUAAGAAGUCCCAUGGAGGUCUUGUCUUUAUUGGAGAAUGGAAGAAUGGACACUUGGAAAAGAAGAUGGGGCAUUUGGCCUGUUUUGCUGGGGGAAUGUUUGCACUAGGGGCAGAUGGUUCCAGAAUGGAUAAAGCUGGUCAUUAUUUAGAGCUUGGAGCAGAAAUUGCACGUACUUGUCAUGAGUCAUAUGACAGAACAGCAUUAAAGCUAGGUCCUGAAUCAUUCAAGUUUGAUGGUGCAGUAGAGGCUGUAGCCGUCCGGCAAGCUGAGAAGUAUUACAUCCUCCGUCCAGAAGUAAUUGAAACCUAUUGGUACUUAUGGCGAUUCACUCAUGAUCCAAGAUACAGACAGUGGGGCUGGGAGGCAGCACUGGCUAUUGAAAAGUAUUGCCGAGUCAGUAGUGGAUUUUCUGGAGUCAAGGAUGUAUAUUCCUCUAAUCCUACACAUGAUGAUGUUCAGCAGAGCUUCUUUCUUGCUGAAACAUUAAAAUAUUUGUAUCUGCUGUUCUCCAGUGAUGACCUUUUACCUUUAGACCACUGGGUGUUUAAUACAGAGGCUCACCCUCUGCCUGUAUUACGUUUUGCCAACAACACACUUUCAGGAAGUCCUGCUGUUCGAUGAAAGCAACUCCAGGAGGACCAUUCUCACCUGUGUUUGUUUUCAUGGACCACUACAGAAAUUAGGCUGGAGAGAGGGGCUUUUGAAAACCUGCAAGACUCUUCAAUUUGUAAAUAUAUCAACUUUGAAAUUAUUCCAUUUUAUACCUGACCAAAACAUGUUCCAGUAUGUGUAGGACAGGGACCUGAUGUGCUUUAAUUCCUAGUGAGAUGGUCAUGUGAAAAAUGAUGUCCUAUUAAUACUACAUUGUUUUUCCAGUUCUGAAGUCUAGAGGCUGGACUUCCUAAGAAUAAGCCGGGAAAUAUGGAGGACCUUGCAGAAGUUAGAGAUGUUCUUUGGAACCAAUUAUAUAUCUGUUUCCUCCCACAGUGGAGCAGCUUUCAAAUAAAAUAUUUUCACACUGUUUAUCACUUUUAUCCCCAUUUCAAUAAUGGAAUGAACUACAACAAGAGUAAAAGAACAUUAUGACUGCAUCAACAAGAUGAGUUGAAAAAAGAAGCAGAAAUACCUAUCCCUGUCUGAAUUUUAAGUUACUCAUUGGAUGACCAGACUGGCAAACAUUUCGAAUCCCACUGUAUUUCAUUAAAAUUUCUUGGUUACAUUUAAUUUUCUCUGGGGGCAUGAUCUCACAAAGAAUACUGCUCAAGUCUUUGUUUCCAAAUGGACUCACUGAACCUACUGUUUCAUCAUAGCAACUUCUUACAAGCCUAGGAUUGGUAUUCUGUGCAUGUAGUUCAAUCUAGAGGUGGUAGCAUGACAGAAAGUGGAGAAAAUGCUGCAGUCAAUUUCCUUGAAAUCUAUUCUAAGAGAAAGCCUUGCUUUUGUUGGUAGAUUAUUUUUCAGUACCAACAAAUCUACCAAUUCAAUUUAUCCACUUUAACCUCAUCAUAAACUUAACAACUUUAUUUAUGUGGCUUGGCAAAAUUCACUAUACUACUCUGUGGCUCUGAAUUUUCUUUGAUGAGCCAAAUUACUGGUACAACUUACUAAAUUCAAAACAAAACGCAGUGAAACAUCCUUAAUAAUUCCAUCUGCAAUGUGGACAAGGGAUCCUUUAUUAUCUCAUCAGAUGCGUGAGCUUUUCACAAAUAUUUUCUGUAAAAACAUAAAUUCAACUUUUACUUUCUCCAGGGAUAUUUAUAGAAAUCCAAAGAAUUAAUCAGAAUAGUUAGAAAAUAAUUUUUGCUUAUAAAAGCAUAGUGCAAUUAAUUAUUACUGCACUAAAUUUAGGAUAUAUCUAAGGGACAUUCUCUUUUCAGGUUUUUUAAUUGAUAUUUCUUUUAAAUGAAAUUUCUAGUCUUUAUUUCGUGGGGAAGAACUUCAGUUUUAUCAAGAACUCUAAUGUACAUAUCUACUCCUUUUAAUUGUUCUGUCCCUUUGAUUUAUGUCAGUGCAAGACACUUCUUCUUUCAUUUAAUACAAACAGCUGUCAGUGACAUUAAUAAAAGUUGAGAACAGUAUAAUUAGUUUAAUAUUUAUUCUGAAUUUGAAGAGUUCAUGAAACAAUGCUUGUGCCAGAAGCCCACCUUGGAAUUCUAAAGGCUUAUUUCCUUAUUUUGAUAGCUUUUAUUCUAACCCUCUAUCAGCAUGUAGUAGAUUUAAAUUAGAAAAAUAUUUAAUAUAUUAAUUAAAUCUUUUUUAAGUUAACCAUCUUAUACCACAAAUAGUCCAACAGUCCACACAGUUCAGAAGAUGGUCCAUAAAUAAAUGGCAACCACCCCAAAUUGUUUCAGUAUAUAGUGAAAAGAAGGAUCUAGCACCAGCUGCAUUAUUUUAAUCUUUAAGACAGCUAAGUUUUAACAAUAUUUGAAAUUAUAAAUUUUACUAUUUGAAAAAUUAAUUUUUUUAAGUGAGAAGGGUAGAGUGCUUUAACAUGACCUCAGAAGAAAAAGGGAAAGUAAUUGGUGUUGCAAAAAAAGUAAGCCUUCUUCCUAAACAUAGCACAAACCACUUAUAAGUUGCUGAAAAAAAAAGGAAAAAUCUGAGUGGACAAAACUUAGAGCAACUGUACAGAUGGCAAUGAACCCUCCCUCACUUUGCUUUAGAAGAAUGUAGAGUUCUUCUAAAGGGGCCUUCUUAGUUCCCCAGGAACUUUUCAAGUGAUGAGGAAACAGACCCCCUUCCCCAAAUGCUCUGUAUUAAUUGGGUGACUGGAGCUUGAGGGAAAGCAGAGAAGUGUCCAAGCAGGACCAGUUCUGGUACAAGCAAGGAAUUUGAAAGGGACAGAGGAAGGGUUUUCUUCGACAACACCCUACCUUCCUUUUGAUGAGAAGAUUAGAGUUUGUAACAGUGCUUCAGUUUUUUUUCUUCUCUGAAUACCAAAGGCAAUUUAAGUCAGCUACAAAUGACUUGCCAGUGUCAUGUUUUAUUUUUGUUUUAGAUUUUUAAUUAUAUCUGCAAAGAUCAAUCCUUAUCCAAUAUUCUGCUUAGUUUCCAAGAAUAUUCUUUACUUUCUUCUUUCCUUUCAUUUGUAGGCCUUAUUACUCAGGUUAAAUACUUAAUGAAUUUCUAAGACCUUCUGCAAAGAGCCCAGAAAUGCUCCUCUCCAGGUGCCUCCUCAGAGAGAUGACACCUCACCUUGUGCCUUUGGCACAAAUGUGCAGAAUAGAUCAGUCAGUUAAUACAUAGGAAGAAAAAAAAAGAAUAGGGAUGUUGGAUACCCUCUAUCUUCUACGUUUAUUUCUUUUCAUUUUAGAGUCAUACUUUUUGUUUCAAACCAGUUGAUAAUAUAUAUUUUUUAACUAAACAGCAUAAAGUUGCUAAAACCAAGAAAGUGCAGCCCUAACCAAAAGGAAGUCUUUGGUGGGUUGCAUGUAUAUGCUGUUCUAUGUCUGUUCUAUGUCUCUCUAACACCAACUUAUUCCUAUCUUUGAACAGAAGCUUAUAUGUAAAAGUAAAACCUGGAUAUUGAAAGAAUGUGUUCCUUUUGAGGAAUGUUGACCCUAAAUCUUUAUGAUGUCAUCUAGGGCAACCCAAGCUUCACUUUGUAGAUUUUAACCAAGCAGUUUGAAAUUUUGACCAUCAGCCUUUUAUAAUCUCCUCUCUCCAUUGCCAAAGUUUUUGACAAAGCUACAAAUUUGUUGAUAAAAGAUUGUGCUUGCCAUUCUCCUUAUGCAUUUUCUUCUUAAGCCUGGAUUUCUUUGAAUGAGUGCAUGAGUGAAUGAGAGAAUUACUGAACAAACAUUUAUGAAGUACCUAAUAUGUGCUAAGCACUAUGCUAGGCACUUUUCAAGUGUUAAAACAUUUUACAUAAUUCCAGUGACAUUUUCUAUGAGAGUAGUUCAUACCAUACCAUUUUAAAUGUUUUCCAGUAUGAAGCAUGUUAAAAAUUCAUAAUUUUAUAUUUCAUUUAAAUUAAAGAGGGAAAGAAAAGGUUUAUAAUAUAUUUUAAACAAUGUAUUGCUGUACAAGACUAACCUGUAAUUGUAGUUAACUAAAAUCUCUCGGGAAAUGUCGAAGAAAUAUUUUAUUUCUGAAGCAACUUUGACUAAAAAAUUUACUUUAGAAAGAAAUAAAGCAUUCUUAUUUUGCUGUAUCACUCUAAUUACAUAAUUAAAAAUUAAUGUUUUACAGAAGUGUUGAUUAUUUUAUAUUCAAAAAAAUUUUUUCCACAUAAUUCAUGGGUAACAACUGGCAGUUAUACAUUGGUUUUUGUUUGGUAUGGGUCCUACUAAUGGUUUCAUGAUGUUAAAUGUAAAAAUAUAUAUACUAAAAUAUUUCUAAGUUCCAAAUAAUGGUCCUUAGUAGUAGUAUUUUGAGUUGUUAUUUUUCUUAUUGAGUUCUUACUGCUCUCAAAAUGGCUAGUUCUUAUCGACUCUUUAUAUAAAUGUAUACAUAAAUGACAUUAUACACAGAUUUCUAAUACUAAUACUACCUGUGUUUAAGUUAGUUACUGAUUUUGGCUGCACAAAUUCUAAGCAGAAUAUUUGAGUAACCAAAUAUGAUAUGGAGAUAAUUUAAUGUACUUAUUCUGGUUUAAGAACAUUGGUAAAGAUGAUUUUCUGUUACCUCAGCUUAUUCAGAUCACGAUGGAGAUGAUCUUUUUGAUCUAUAUCGGAUCAGCAAGCUUUUCUGUAAAGGGCUGGAAAAAUAGUUUAGGCUUUGAGGGCCUAACAAUCUAUUCAGUUCUACCACUGAAGCCUGAAAGUAGCCAAAACACUAUGUAAAUGGAUAAACUUGCCUGUGUUCCAAUAAACCUUUAUUUGCAAAAACAGAUGGAAAUACUGCUUUGGCCCACAGGCAGUAGUUUGCUGACCCCUGAUCACAAGUUUAAUUUGUGUAAAACCUUGUAACCUUCGUUCUGCAUCUUCUUUCUGUGUGAUGUUUUACAUAAUUCAUUUUUUAAAGCAAAAAUUGUAUGUAUGUAUUUUGUUGUUUUGAAAAUAGAGCUCUUCUGGAAUCUC